AGGUGAGCGCGGCAGUCACCACAGCGGUAAUAUUAAUAUCUUCACUGCCCUGCUCAUACUACUUAUAGUUAUGUCGGAUCCUGAGAAAAAAGAGUCUGUGACAGACUCAUGGCUGGUAGAGGAAGCUGACGAAGCAACGUAUAACUGUAGUCAGGAGAAAGGUGUUUGGCAGCCUAAAGCAGAUGUUAUAUUGUCAAUGUUCAAAAAGUUGAGUGAAGGAGGUACUCUCCCCUUGAAUUGGACCUGCCCUGGCCGACGGCUGCCCGAAGUGGUCGUGAAGGAAGAAAAUGAUGGGGAGGAGGGUAUGGAGUUGGAUGAAGAUGACAUAAAAGAGGAAGUCACAAGUGUGCCGGAGCCGAGCGCUUUUGAUUUUGACGAAACACCGUCAGACGUUGGUACGAAACUCACCCCAAGGAGAACCCCAGGGGGAAAUGUGCGGACGCCCAGAACGGAGAAGCGAGUGGCACGAAUGGACAACAUCAUGGACUCCCUGCGGCGAGAGCAGCUUCAGCGAGCAGCAGAGAGAGAGGCUCGAAGGGCUAAAGGGUCCCCAGCAGCUGGACGCGGGCGUCUGCUCAACUUCAACUCUCCUGGACCAAAGGUUGCCAUUGGCAAUACCCCAGCUACCACCACGGCAACUGUUAGUAGUGCUGGUCCGACCGUCAGCACUUCCCACACAUUGGCUAACAAUGCCACCAUGACCACUACGUCUUCCUCACCCAUCAAUGCAGCCAGUUCUUCCAGCAUCAGUGUUCUAACGCCAUCUAGCGACAGCGGGGCAGCAUUAUCCACAAGCACGAGCUCGACUGUAGACUCUUCUGCUGCUACUACUGCUGCUGCAACAACAGCUGUUGACAAUACUUCUGUCACCUUCGCUUCAUCGACUGCUGUGAGUGUUAGUUCUGUGUUGUCAAAGGAUGGAGAUCUUCCUCUUCUGUCUGGGCCAGAGAAAAGUGAAGCAAUGGACACUUCAGUGGCCUCGUCGACGGCAGAGGAAUCUACUGCUGCCACGCCUUCUCUUCCAGUUCAAAGCACCGUUUUUCCAAGUGUAAGGGACCCAGUGAGCACCACGGUUGUAACUACUGUUUCUGUAAACAUCGACACUUCUUCAGUAACUGUCAGCAACAGUGAUCAAGUUUCAAUUGCGGCUGUCACAAGUGCUUCCAGCACAACCUCGACAUCUCAACUAGACAAUGGAUCAACGACAAAUUUGUCAGCUUCAAGUUUGUCCACGAAACCUGGUCAGACAUCUGAGACAUUAUCAACAAGCAGCGUCGGUCAGCUUACCCCCUCUGUAUCUGCCCCGGCCCAAGCCAGUCAGCCGUCCUCUGUGUUAGAGUCAUCCACUAUGGCAAGAAAUCCCUCCCCCGUUACAUCAACUCCUCAUGUGAUCAAUAACCCCACAACAACAACAGCACCGUCUUCUUCAACUCUCUCAAAAAUCCCAUCUCCCGGCAACUCUGCGCCGUCUCCUGUUUCCACAUCUGCUCAGAACACUAGCGUUAAUUCUACAUCUGCUGCCAGUGGCGUCACCUCGUCAGUGACAGAGACCACCAGCAGCAUCGAGUUACAUGCCCAGCCUCUGACAGCAACAACAACAACAUCGAUGGUGGUGACAUCAGAAUCUACCAGUGACGGAUCUGUUGCAAACGUUGCUGUAAACCUGGAGGAAUUAACGCAGGACCCCGCUGAUGUUGCACUCACUGCUCCUGCUGCAGUUGAUGCGGAGAGGCCUCUGGUGGACAAUGUUAGUGAUAUACCUUUGCCUGCUGGUGCCCCGCCUCCAAGUAGUGGUUCGUAACUGGGCAACUCACACCUGUAGCUGAGCAUUUAGCAUUAGGGAAGGUCAAAAUAAAAUACGUCAAAUUUUACAUACUUGUAUUCUAGCUCCAAUGGUUUGUGCUUCUCCUUACAAUACCUUUUAGUAAGGAGACCUGAAAGUGACAAUGUAUAUAUGGUCGUUUUUAAGCACAAUGGAGGCUGUCCCGAAAAAUGCUGUUUUGACAAAAUGAAAGGUAAAGUUUU